AUGCAAGACUCUAUGUCGGACACCACUCCCGGGCCGGCGCGCUGGCCGCCGAAGCGGAGUGAAGAGAGCAGAGGUGCCCCGUGCAGCCCCCGCAAGCUCUUGCCGCCGCCGCGCCCGAUCUUUGACUUCGACGAGCCUGCUGUGGACAAUGUCCCCUCGCAGGUGCAGGCUGCGGCCACGCUGGGCUCACGACGAAGCUCCUUAGGCCCGACCCUCGCAGCUCCGGGCAUUGCAGGUCGCAGAAGCGAAGUUGCUGCACCGGCCGAGACGAAGGCAGAGGUGUGGUGCCCUUCGUCGCCCUACGCCACCUCCUCGACGACGGUGGGGCACAUGAAGGCAACCCCGAGUGCCAAGGAAGAGAGCUUCCAG